AUGGCGCUCCCACGCACGACAAGCAAUAUGCUCCGCCUUGCGGCCCGCCCGACCACCACGCCCUCACUCCUCCCACGAACAUCUCCUUCUUUCACAACCACCACUCGCCGCACACUCUCCACAGCCCCCCGUCUUUACGACGAUAGCAAAAACGACCCCUACCACAAACAAUCUACCGCCGCAACAGGCACAUCUGCAGGCCCGCACGAGGGCAGCAGCUCGCGAACAGACAACCAGAUCAGCUUCGAAUACCCGGAUGAUGGCAAUCUUGGGGUUAGGGAAGCGCAGGUUCAGGGCCGCGGCGGCGUCCACCUGAAACGCACCCUCGCAACAUUCUCCCUCGAAGGCCGCACAGCCGUGAUCACGGGCGGCGCGCGCGGUCUGGGGCUGGUGAUGGGCCAGGCGCUGGUGAACAGUGGUGCUGAUCUGGCGAUUGUGGAUAUGAACAAGGAGGAAGCCGAGCACCAAACCCAAGCCAUGAUCGAGCAAUUCAAAAAAGAAAACCCCAAAUCCGAAGAAUACGACCGCGCAAAAUUCGACCUAGGCAAGAAAGAAGGCGUCUUCCGCAUCCCCAAAAUCACCGCCCACUACUCCGACGUCUCCGACCCCGACUCCGUCAAUUCAUGCUUCCAAGAGAUCCUGUCCUCCCACGGCAAAGUCGACCACCUCGUCACCUCCGCCGGCUUCACCGAGAACUUCUCCGCUGAGACUUAUCCAUAUGAUAGGAUUAAGAAGCUGUGGGGCGUCAACGUCGACGGCACCUACUUGUUCUGUACAGCACUUGCGAAUCAUUUGCUAUCGACCAAAAGACCGGGUUCGAUGGUCAUGAUCGGCAGCAUGUCCGGCUCCAUCGUCAACGUCCCGCAACCGCAAGCGCCCUACAAUGCCGCCAAAGCCGCCAUCCGCCAUCUCGCAGCGUCAUUGGCCGUGGAGUGGGCGCACGCGGGCAUCCGCGUGAAUUGUAUCUCUCCGGGGUAUAUGCUGACGGCGUUGACGCGGAAGAUACUGGAUGAGAAUCCGGAUCUGGCGAAGAAGUGGACGAGUUUGAUCCCGCAGGGGAAGAUGGGACGGCCGGAGGAUCUGAUGGGGGCGGUGACGUAUUUGUUGAGUGACGCGAGUGGGUAUGUUACUGGGGCGGAUCUGAGGGUUGAUGGUGGGUAUACUUGCACCUAA